AUGGCUCCGUCCGCCGUGGUGAUCGAAGUCGGCGCGCGACACGUCUCGUUCGGAAUCGCAGACGACCCACGGCCGCUCUGUGUGCUUGACACGGCCAGUUUUAGCCGGGACCAGCAGUUCUCUGUUCCUCCUAACAACUACUCAGACCACGAGAACACGGCUCUGUGCACGUUCUCGUACUUGUUCCACCCGAACCUGCUCGACUACGAGCCGGGAACAGGAUCUGGCUCGUUUGAGCACGCGUUGAACGUGCAAUUGUUCGAUAUAUUCCACCAUCUCUUCACCACAUACAAAAUUGACUCGGUCAACGCAAACAUCGUGCUAGUUGCAAACAGCAUGCUCAACAACACGUACAAGACGGCGGUCACGUUCCAGCUGCUCGAAAAGCUGCACGCGAAAAGCACUCUGUUUCUCGACGACGCCCUCAUGACAUUGGUAGCAGCAGGUUUGCGCACCGGUCUCGUGGUAGACCUGGGCUGGCAUUUCGUCACGAUCAGCCCCGUGUUCGACCUCAGACUGCUACAGAACCAUGCCAAGUGGUCAAAGAGAGCAGCAAAAUACUUGUAUUUCAAAACAGAUCCGCUCUCGCUCGAAUCAAUCGACAUAGACCAACUUUUCACCGUAGACGAAAACUGCUACGAUACAGACGAGAAAACACCGUCCCAGCUGCUGAUCGAGCUUCAUCGGGAGCUUCCAAUAGACCUCCGCAAACCACUUUUUGAAAAUAUCGUCUUCACGGGCGGACUCGCCGAAAAUCAAACGGUUGUCGAUAAGAUCGUCGCCGACCUGAAGUCCGCCAAAAUCCACACAGAAACAGCAUUCUCGCUCGGUAGCUGGCAGGGAGCAAGCCUCUACACUGCAACUGUCCUUGCAAAGGACGGUAACUGGAACACUCUGGACAGAAUCAAACGCGAAAACUAUAUUACACCUUGA